AUGGAUGCUAAAACAUCCCUCCACAAUUCUUCGUUGGACGGAAUCAAUGUUAUAGCAAGUGGUUUCGAUGAGCCUUUCCACGCAGAGAACUCUAAGCUUGACCCUUACCACUUUGGAGACACUAAGGUUAAGGUUGAGAUAAGUCUGGAGUCGCCAUCUCCCUCUUCAAUGAUUGUGUGUGAUUCUCAGGGAUUCUCCAUUCGUUUCAACGCCAAGUAUCCACGCAACCCUUAUCACUGUAGCAACUGUGGGAAAUUUGGCCACUUGCUCAACUGCUGCCAUAAACCUUUGCAAAAGAAAGCCUUUCACAGAGAAGGGAACAUGGCAGGAAUUUUUCUACACUCAAGAAGCAAAGCUAAAGAAGUCUUAGUAACUGAGGACAUGAAUGCUGAAGCUUCCUCUUCUUAA